CUACGAUCCUCUGAUUUGCAUCUCGCCUCCUAUAAAAGGAGCUCAACGCGCGAGCGACAUCCACAUUCGCUUCCCGUCUGUUCUGACCUGAAGCUGCUGCCUACGACGCGUCGACAUGCCCGAUCCUCCCGCAUCAAAGAGCGCUGGGCCGGCCAAGGUUCCUGCUCCCAAGAAGGGCUCCAAGAAGGCUGUGACCAAGGCUACGCGCAAGGAUGGCAAGAAGCGACGCCACCGCAGGAAGGAGAGCUACGCCAUUUACAUCUACAAGGUGAUGAAGCAGGUGCACCCCGAUACCGGCAUCUCGUCCAAGGCAAUGAGCAUCAUGAACUCGUUCGUCAACGACAUCUUCGAGCGCAUCGCUUCCGAGGCGUCCCGCCUGGCGCACUACAACAAGCGCUCCACCAUCACUUCUCGGGAGAUCCAGACCGCAGUGCGACUGCUGCUCCCCGGCGAGCUGGCCAAGCACGCCGUGUCGGAGGGCACCAAGGCCGUCACCAAGUACACAAGCUCCAAGUGAAGCCUCGACUCCACCAUUAAUUACAAAGGCUCUUUUCAGAGCCACCCACCUCUCCGAACCUGCUUGUACCAGUCCUAGCAGGAGUACUAAACGAAACUUCCAACAAAGCCCCGGUUCACGCGGGGACAUU